AUGAACAUUUUCCACUCUACACUGUCGACCUGGCGCGAUCGCCUGGCCCCGGUCUCCCGGACAUCCACCUUCCGCACGACAGGACAGAUCACUCCCGAGGAGUUUGUCCUCGCGGGCGACUACCUAGUCUACAAGUUCCCAACGUGGUCCUGGGGGGACGCAUCCAGUCCAGCAAAACGAGUCUCGUAUCUUCCCCCCGGGAAACAGUUCCUCGUGACGCGUGGCGUGCCCUGCCAUCGAAGGCUUAAUGACAACUUCGCUGGAGACGCGGGCCGCGAAGAUGAAAUCGUGCGAGAUAUGCUUGCUGGAGAGGCCGAGGGGGACACAAGAGACGCAAAUGGAGACGAGGGGUGGUUGCGGACUGGAGGUGGCCGUGAUACCAUCGCAGACCGUGACAUGCAAGAGGCAAAGAUCCGGGAUGUGAGGACGGUAGAUGAAUCUGGCAACCUGGGGGAGCAAGAAGAGGAAGACGAGAUUCCCGACAUGGAAGAUGACGAUGAUGACGAGGAAGCCAUCAUCCGAGAGCCUGCGGGGGACUCUGGGACAACGCAACCGCUUCGCACUUAUACCCUCUAUAUCACAUAUUCCAACUUCUAUCGGACACCACGUCUCUAUCUUUCAGGCUACCUGUCUCCGUCGGAACCACUGCCUCCUCAUCUGAUGAUGGAGGAUAUCGUUGGAGACUAUAAAGACAAGACCGUCACCCUGGAGGACUUUCCCUGGUUCGACGGAAGCGUGAAGAUGGCUACCGUCCACCCAUGUCGACAUGCUUCCGUGAUGAAGACGAUGCUGGAUCGAGCAGAUGCCGCGUUGAAGCUUCGCCUGGAGAAGCUCAAACACAAUCAGUCACGCGAGCAAGCCAGUCAGAUUCAAAAAGCUGGAGGCGGCAGUGGGCUCGAGGGGCUUGUCGACAACACCAAAGGCUUGUCACUGAGUGAUCAUGCACAGCCCCAACAUGGUGGUGAUGAAUGGGAGGUUCUACAAGCCGACGAAGAGGAGCAGGUGGCGAUUCGUGUGGAUCAAUACCUGGUUGUUUUUCUGAAAUUUAUCGCCAGCGUCACUCCUGGGAUUGAGCAUGAUCAUACGAUGGGAGUUUAA